AUGGCGACAAAGAAGCCCCAAUUGGAGCCAAUGCCCGCAAGCCUGCUGAGCACGAAUAGGGUCAUCAACGAGACGAAAGCGAGUACUGGGGACAACCGCAUCGUUGUCAUCAUAUACGGACAAGAACAAGAGAAGAUCGUGGCUGUCUUUGCCGACGUCCUAGGAAAACCAUACCGGCUGGCUCCAAAUUUCUCUGCGGUGGGGCAGGAGGACCACGGGACCGUGAUAGGGAUCGCCACUAUUGAUGCGAAAGGGGAUGUUGGGGCUAGGAAUAGGACUCUUAUGGUGGCCAUUAACGCGCAUUGCGUCAACCUGGGAAUGCCUCCAGACGUCGACCUCUCAGCGGCCUCGGACUAUGAGUUCUUGUACACAGAGUCGCCAUUUUUCCGGAAGGACCUUUCGCGCUUCAUUGCAUUUACUCUCGGACAGAUCAGUCAUCACGAAGCGCUGAUUACAAAACCAAGGACCUAUUUCAUCUCCACUACUUUUCCCGAUGUCCGGACAGCGCUUUCAAAUCUGGAUAUUCUUUCGGUGGGGUCAGAUGCUGUCGAGAUACGUGUAGAUCUCUUGAAGGAACCUUUACCGGAUGGAACUUACGGCUCAGUACCGAGCAUGAGUUAUGUGGGAGAGCAAGUCAUGCUUCUCAGGCAACGGACUGAGCUACCCAUCAUCUUCACCACACGUUGUACACGUGAGAAUGGUCGAUUCCCCAUGGACAACCCGGAGCUGUACUACCAGUACCUUUACCGAGCUAUACAGUGGGGCUGCGAAUACAUCGACGUCGAGGUAUGGUUACCGGAAGACAUUAGACGCCGACUAUUCGAGCAGAGAGGCAACAGUCGGAUCAUCUCUGCCUUUCACGAUUUUUCGGGGACCUUCAAAUGGCCGUCCGCCGAAGCCCAAUCCAUCUUUCAGGAGUCAAGGAAGUACGGCGAUGUUGUCAAGAUGAUCACUAUCAUCAACUCGAUGUCCGAGAACUAUGAGCUCGAAUACUUCCGCUCUCAGAUCAAGGCAAACAAUCCCGAUGGUCCACCGCUAUCCGCCGUCAACAUGGGGCGACUCGGCCAACUCUCUCGAGCGCUCAAUACGGUCUUCAGUCCCAUCACCCACCCUCUGCUACCCAUCGUAGCAGCACCCGGCCAGAUGAGCGCAGCAGAGAUCAAUGGCGCACUAAGUACCAUGGGCCAGCUCCCCAAGAAAAACAUCUAUGCCAUCGGCACCUUCCGCUCGACGCCCCAAGCGACCUUCUUUGAAAAAUGCUUUAACGAGCUCGGUCUCCCUCACAAUUUCCAGUCUGUCGAUCGCGGCGCCCGAGGCUCAGUCGAAGCUUAUUGCCUCCAACCCAACUUCGGCGGCGCUUACAUCAACCCAGCGCUCAAUGCCUCACAGCCAUACAUUCCGCAUCUCACAGACGCCGCUCGAACUAUCGGUGUUGUCGACACCAUCGUCGUUCGAGGCGAAGGCGCAUCCUCGCUUUUCGUCGGCGAUAAUGCUACCUGGAAAGGCAUCCGCGCGACCCUGACCCGUGACUUUGCGCCAUCGGCGUACAAGGACCGCGCUGCUAUCAUACUCAGCAGUAAUGGUGAUGACGCCGCGAGCAUCAUAUUCGCCCUCCGCAGCCUCAACAUCGGCAAAAUCUACACCGUCGGCUUUAAAGCCCACGCACCGCUCGCGGCUGGCAUCGAACCGUUCACGUCCAUCGAGUCGGUACAGCGCGUCGACCAGCCAUUCGCCAUCAUCUCGGCCUUGCCGCCGGAAAAAUCGCAUCUGGUCCAGCCCCUCCUCCGGCACUUCGGCAAGCCGUCUCGGAGCGGAGCUUCGACCCCGAACAGCGGCCGCAGUAGCAGCAGCAGUGCCCUAAGCGGCAGAGAUGGCGGGAAGGGCAAGGUGUUUGUGGAUCUGGCGCACGGGCUGCGGAAGAGUGACCCUCUGGCCGUGGCGGAACGGAGCGGCUGGACGGCGUACGGGGUCAUGGACACGAGCGCUUUCACGACGGUCGAGACGUUGCGGCUGCUGGUCGGGCAGAACGUGCCGUAUAGCUUUGUUCGGCUGGCGAGUGGGAGGGGCUUGUACUGA